CUAGCAAAUACGUGGUAUAGCGGUUGACAUCCCAUCGGUCGAGAUAAACAUCGAUCGAGAUAGCUAGUGGGUCGUGGAAGCUCUCAUCUUAACCAUCGAUUACUACUGUUGCUGAAUCAAUGGAGAUGAACGCAUGUGCAGCGUGUAAGCACCAAAGGAAAGAAUGUGACGCAAAUUGCCAGUUAGCUCCAUAUUUUCCUUCCAAUAGAGCUGAAGAUUUUCAAAAUGUUUAUCGACUUUUCGGAGUAGACAAAACCAUAGAGUUUAUUAAUUGUGUUCCUGAUGACCAGAAGGAAAAAACUGUUGAAACCCUAAUUUUAGAGGCUAGGAUUAGGAAGGAAAAUCCUGUGCAUGGUUGCCUUGCCAUUGAAAGAAAACUGAGGGCAGAAAUUGAAGCACAUGAAAAUGAGCUUGAAAUGGUACGAAAUCAAAUUUCUUUGUGUAAGAAAAUGGCCACAUUGCAAAGAAAAGAUUACCAGUCAGAAGAGGAGCUCGAUAGAUCUUUCUUGGCUUUGGCUUCUCCAUCUGAUGCUCGUUUUACCAUGCCAGCUUCUGAAGCUUCAAGAUUUCCUAGCAAAAAGAGCAAUUCUUCUGUUCCAUCAAGCCUAAGUAUUCCAUCCCAUGGUAGGAAAAGCAGUUCUGAAAGCCUUCCUACUCCAAGAUCCGAAGGCGAAAUAUUAUUUUCUCCUAAUGUCAAAUCCUUCUCCUUCAAUGAAUUGAAAAACGCAACGAGGAAUUUUAGACCUGACAGUCUUCUAGGGGAAGGAGGAUUUGGUUAUGUUUUUAAAGGAUGGAUCGAUGCACAAACUCUUACUGCUUCGAAAUCUGGUUCUGGAAUUGUGAUUGCUGUCAAGAAAUUGAAGCCAGAAGGUUUUCAAGGUCACAAGGAGUGGUUGACUGAAGUUAAUUACCUCGAGCAACUUCUUCAUCAAAAUCUGGUUAAACUCAUCGGCUACUACAUCGAAGGUGAACAAAUUUGUUUAGAACCUUCUAUAGAUGUUGCUGAUGAUGGCGCAGUUCAUCCUAAGGAGUAUGAAGCUAUGAAGCACCAAGUGGGCUGCCAAAAGCAGGCAAAUGUUGGAAAAAAUAUUCCAGAUUUUCGACCACAGAGGCUUCUUUCCACCAUAAGGGAUCUUCUGCCAGAGGUGGAACAAAGACAUUGUGCUAGACACAUCCUUGCAAACUGGUCAAAGGAAUGGAGAGGCCUUGAAAGGAGGAAUAUGUUUUGGGGAUGUGCAAGAAGCACUUUUGAGGUACAGUUAAAAAGAAAUCUAAACAAGUUGGAGCUAGUUGGUGGAAAGAGAAUUACUGCAGAUUUACUCUACUACAAACCAGAGACCUUCUGUAAGGUAUACUUCAAUAUAGAAAAUAAAUGUGAUAACAUUGAUAAUUAA